UUCGUCCGUGCCUUCUCAGAGCCGAGCGUCUCUGCAUUUGCAGUUAUGGCGGAGCCUUCAUCGCAGAGAGAUGAAGAUGAGUGGCAAGAUUUCAACGCGUUCAAGGGCGGAACACAACGGAAUAAUACUCUCCUGGAGCGCGUUCACGCGAGCACUGAAGAGAUGUCGCUGUUGCUGGAUGGAAUUUCAGACAGCGGGAGCGCGCUUGAGAACGAGAUCAUCAAACACUUCGACGAGAAGUUACGAUUAUGCUUCCAAAAUGUAGACUCUAAACCGGACGCAAUCUAUCCAGUGACGCCAAUAAAUGAGGAUACGAGCCUGAAAUGUGAUGAGAUCUGGAAUGCUCUCACGGACAACUAUAGCAACGUCAAACCAGUGGACUGGAAUCAGUCUCGAGUCCGAUCGCUUCACCUCUCAACGCUGAGCCUUGAGGACAGACCGCGGGCGGAGGCUGUGAACCUGGACCUGUCUGACGAUGAGGACCUGAGGGAGCAGAUGGACAUGCACUCCAUCAUCGUGUCCAGCAUCAUCGAGGAGCCGCUGCUCACUGCGGAACAGGUUAUUGAGGAGAUAGAGGAGCUGAUGCAGGACUCUCCAGAGAUGGUCUCGGAGCAGAAAGCUUCACACUCGUUCAUCUCUCAGGAGAGCCACAGAUCUCACAGCAUCCAGAUCUACGAGGACAGAGUGAAGCUGAUGUGUGUCGAGGAGCUGAGCGAUGAGCUGGAGGACGUGCAGACGCUCAUACGGGGAUAUUCAGAGGAGCUGGUCCAGCAUCUGGCCAUGAGGGACGAGCUGGAGUUUGAGAAGGAGGUGAAGAACAGCUUCAUCUCGGUUCUCAUCGACGUACAGAACCGACAGAAGGUGCAGCGAGAGAUGCUGAAGAAGAAGAGGAGGGUGAGGACCGGGUCUGGAUCCGAGAGGCUGCCGUCUUCUCGCUUCAGCAUGGAGGGCAUCUCUACUGCCAUUCAGAAUGGUUUUCGGCACACUUUUAGGAACGGAGGCGGUGAGAAACAGUAUGUAACGACGGUAAUCCCGUACGAGAGGAAAGACGAGCCGCCGUCAGUCCAAGACCUGCAGAUCUUUACCAAAAUUUUAGAAGCCAUGAGGGAUGACAGUGAUAAAGUCCCAAGCCUCCUCACAGACUACAUCCUCAAAGUGCUCUGUCCCACCUAGAGAGAGGAAAGCCACCCCGGUCUUCGGGAUUGCAUUGACGGUGUUCCUCAGAUUUGACCUUCUCACUGUCAGUCGAUCGAUGCACGAUGUGUUUGACUUCAGUUCUUCUGUACUGACGUGUCGGACUGUAUUUUGCAUGUUUUACCUCACAGUUUGCAGUAUUCUGUGUUUGAGUGUUUGCAGGUUUGCUGUGUGUGUGUUUAGUGAUUGGAGGACAAAUGCAGAUCGGGAUUUUAGGUGAACGUACCAGUGUUUUUCCUGUGAACGUACCAGUGUUCUGAUUCAUUAGCCGCUAUAGGGACUUAACUAAGAAUAACAAAGGGCAGUAAAUGGUCAGAUUUUUGCUAUUUACGAUAGGACGUUAAAAUAACAUGACAACAAAUAUCAGUUUGCAACAUCAAACUGCAUAACAGACCGUUUUUGUUCGGAAGCCUCGCACAUUCAGGUUACUAAUCUCACGUUAGAAAUAAGGUGGAUUGUCCUAAUGUACUAAUGCUGUGUGUAUUGAAUGAUCUAAAUCAGCGGUUCUCGAAUGAUGGGUCACACUACAAAAAUGAGUCCCAGGCUCAUAGAUGGAUGGAUGGAUAAAUGGAUGGAUGGAUGAAUGGAUAAAUGGAUGGAUGGAUGGAUAAAUGGAUGGAUG